AUGUGGUAUGUUCGCGUCGUAGCCCUUUUAGUGCUACUCAGCACCUAUGUGCUAUCCACACCAUUGGGUGUGCAACAAGCAUACACGAUACAAUCAAAUAUUUCCCACGAAGAGUACACAAUAUACCGAAAUGCUCCUCUCCUAACAUCUUGGAGUAUGCGUCAUUUAGAACUAUCUGAUGGGCGCAUCAUGCGAGUUCCUGAGCUCUACAAGACAUGGCUCAGAUACAGAGGCAUUCGAUUUAUCGACGUAACGGACACAAAAGUGCAUGCAGUCAUCGAGGGUGAUGAGGCGCCGACAUAUCCUACCAAGGUCCGUUUUGAUGCUGAACUUGAGCGAGCCUUCCAAUAUGUAUGCGAGGCUGGUCCCCGCUCUGAUCUCAAGAAACUCACAUCUUUUUUCACUCGCUACUAUCGCUCCCACACUGGAUAUUUGAGCCAGAAAUGGCUACAAAGUCAAGUGGGGCUACUCGCUGGCAUGCUAGAGGCCCAUACAUCGAUCAAAGUUUUUCAACAUCCGUGGCCUCAGAGUACUAUCAUUCUGCAUGUCAAAGGAAGCAAUGAGACUUUGACCGAGGAACGUGGAGUUACAAUCCUAGGAGCUCACCAGGAUAGUGUGAAUUUUGUGCCUGUGUUUGCUGCGCCGGGUGCAGACGACGAUGGGAGUGGCACUGUGACUCUAUUGGAAACUCUUCGUGCACUGGGAAAGGCAGGCUGGAAACCUGCAUCCGAUGUUGAAUUCCAUUGGUAUUCUGCAGAAGAGGGUGGUCUGCUCGGGAGUCAGGCCGUCGUCGACGACUAUGUCCGACGUCAUAUUCGAGUCUAUGCCAUGAUGCAGCAAGACAUGACAGCCUAUGUCAAAAGCGACACAAAGGAACGAUUCGGACUGGUUACAGACUAUGUAUCACCCAAGCUUACUCAAUUUCUCGAGCUUCUAGCGAAGCAUUAUUCUGACAUUCCUAUGGUGCACACGAAACUGCAUUAUGGUGCGAGCGAUCAUGCGAGUUGGACCCGUGCGGGUUGGCCUAGCGCUUUUGUUAUGGAAGCCCCCUUUGAGGAUUGUAAUUUACGAAUGAUUCACACUUCACUUGAUCGCUAUGAUAUACCAGGAUUCUCUUUUCCUCACCUACUUCGGUUUGUGAAGCUAAGCAUGGCAUUCGUUGUAGAAUUGGCAGAAUGGGCGUAA